UGUUUUCCAAAGCGCACCGGAAAUCGCGUGGGGUUCAUGGGCAUCAAGAUCUUAUGAACUUGUAAAUCGAAGUUAAUCUUUACAUUUGUAUUUUGAAUAAACUGCGAAGACGAUCUAGAUUCUAAAUCGCAAUCACUGUCACACGCUUCUUCUAAACGUGGUUAGUUGAUGUGACGUCUUCCUCAUCAUCCUCAGAGUAGAGAAGAUGCUGAUGUUGAGAAAUGCCUCCACACAGAUACUUAAACAGGUCGUCCGACACAGGACUACAGAUGCCAGUCUGAUCUUGGAGAGAUCUAUAAACCGAGUGCAGCUUCUUGGGCGAGUGGGACAGGACCCCGUCAUGAGACAGGUGGAGGGCAGAAACCCCGUCACCAUCUUCUCCAUGGCAACAAAUGAGAUGUGGCGGUCAGGGGAGGGAGAGCCAACAAGUACAGGAGAUGUCAGCCAGAAAACAACAUGGCACAGAAUUUCAGUAUUCAAACCAGGCCUCAGAGAUGUAGCGUAUCAGUAUGUAAAGAAAGGGUCUCGGAUUCUUGUGGAAGGGAAGCUUGACUAUGGAGAGUACAUGGAUAAAAACAACGUCAGACGACAGGCAACAACUAUUAUCGCAGAUAAUAUUGUGUUUUUAAGUGAAAAUCUGCAAGACCAGUAAUAAAGAUGCCUUUCCAGACUUUAGGUAACCAGGAGAAAAUAUCUUCUCACUGACAUUAAACUCUGUAUCAUUGUGUCUGGCCUUCACAGUCACACAUAGAUAUAUGAGGUCAUGUUGUUUGUAUGAUUGUGUCAUGUUGUCUUUCUCCGACAGAAAGCAAUUGGACAUGUGAACACGUUUCUAAAGCCAUGCACUGGAUCAGACUCUAUGUAUAAGCAGAAAUGUGAAAUUUCUCUUUUUUUAGGACUUAAAAGCAUCAUGUUUAAAGUUAUGUCUAACCAAAUAACUUCCAGUUUGUUGUAAAUGUUCAUGAAUAAAGGGAUUUGUUAUCA